AUGGCAAUGAUCACUUCAAUCUUCUCUUCCAUACCCCAACACAUUGUUGAAGACAUUAUGGAAAGUUUGCCUGUAAAGGCAAUUGUGAGAUUCAAGAGCCUCUCCAAACACUAUUUCUCUUACUUCACAUCCUCCUCCUUCAUCUUCACCCACUACCUCUUCUCCUCCCUCAACCCCUCACUCAUCAUUCCCCUUCAUUGCAAUCCUUGGCUUGUGAAUUUCAACAUCUCAAACAUCAAAGACAAGAAGAAAACAACCAACCUUGUCAUUGAAUCACCUUUUCCCACCUCACACCAAACAAGAGUUGUGUCUUGUUCUUUCGGCCUCGUGUGCGUCUCUCUCACAAAGUUUCAUACUAAUGUCGUGGUAUGGAAUCCGGCCACUGGGCAAUUCAGAACCCUACCCGAAUCCAGCAUUGACAUUGUUGAAUUCUUGGAGACUAGAAUGAUUAUCAAAAUAUGUCUAGGGUUUGGAUUCGAUCGAGCGUUCGAGGACUUCAAAGUUGUGAGAAUCGUUUACCAUUUGAUUGAAACUGACUCUAUUGACCUCAAUGUCCAGGUUGAGGUCUUCAGGAGGUCUACGGGGACUUGGAGAUCGAUCGAUCUUGACAGUGAUGGCGUGACAAUAGGCUUUGAUAUGGAGGAAACAAAGAUUAGGGAUCGUUUUCCAGCAACAGUUGUUAAUGGUGUAAUCUAUUGGAAUGCUAUUGAUAACAAUCCCGAUUGGUAUGAACAUUUUAUUGUUGCAUUUGAUAUUUCAGACGAAACCUUUCGGAAGAUUCCAUUGCCUCAAGCUUGUGAGAAUGUCUCAUAUUGGUGUAUUCUUCAAUGGGAGAACUCAAUUGCAACAUUUGUUCCUCAAAUAGAAGAUCAAGAGACCGUGUUUGAUGUUUGGUUGAUGAGAAAUGGUUCUAGUUCUAGUGAUGAUGAUGAUGAUGAUGGUGAGGGAUGGAUUAAGGUUAUGAGUAUUGGGGGUUUUCCCGACUUGACUUUCCCAAUCAUGGCAUCGAAUGGCUAUAAUCAUCAUAUCAUAGUGAUGAAAACCAAGAAAAAAGAUAAGAGUAGUGACCUUAUUAUGUAUGAUUUCAAGACCAAACAAUCCAAAAAUCUUAGGAUUGAAGAAGCUCAUAAUGUCUACAUGGCUCAUCAAUAUGUGGAGAGUUUGGUUUCGGUCUAUGGAGAAGAGGGUAAUGAAGCUCAUGGUAUGGUUUCUCAAUUUACUUGGGUGUGUAGUAGUGGGGCAGGUAUGGGUCGUCAGUGGGCUCGGUCAUGGUCUGUUCCAUGGCCCAACAGCCCAAAUACUCAACAUUGUUUUGCUUUGUCUACGAGUCCAGAAAAAGGGCCUAAAAGCCCAGUAUUAUGGGCGUUGGAGGGGUCCUCCUCACUAAAGCUUCGCCCAUGGGACGAAGUUUAUUAA